GGUGGAGCGUGUGACGUAACAGCAGAGCUCGGAGGUGUUUAUUGUUCCUUCGUCGUGGGGAGAAAGAGAAAAGCAAACCAGAGAGCUACACUUAAGGGCUUUAGAAGGCAUAUAUUGAGACACAGUACAGAGUAAGACAGGCAGCUACAGCAUCUCCAGCCAUGGCAUAUGCGUACCUCUUCAAAUACAUCAUUAUUGGUGAUACGGGAGUGGGGAAGUCCUGUUUAUUAUUACAGUUCACAGAUAAGAGGUUUCAACCAGUCCAUGACCUUACUAUCGGUGUUGAAUUUGGUGCACGGAUGAUCACUAUUGAUGGAAAACAGAUCAAACUUCAAAUCUGGGAUACUGCUGGUCAGGAGUCUUUCCGUUCCAUCACAAGGUCCUACUACAGAGGUGCAGCUGGGGCUCUCUUGGUUUAUGAUAUCACAAGAAGGGACACUUUCAACCACUUGACAACCUGGUUAGAAGAUGCACGCCAACAUUCCAAUUCCAACAUGGUAAUCAUGCUUAUUGGAAACAAGAGUGAUUUAGAGUCACGGCGAGAGGUGAAGAAGGAAGAAGGAGAGGCAUUUGCCAGAGAACAUGGACUUAUCUUUAUGGAAACUUCUGCUAAAACAGCUUCAAAUGUAGAAGAGGCAUUUAUUAACACAGCCAAGGAGAUUUAUGAGAAAAUUCAAGAAGGUGUCUUUGAUAUUAAUAACGAGGCAAAUGGAAUUAAGAUCGGACCCCAGCACGCUGCCACCAAUGCAACACUUGCAGGCAACCAGGGAGGACAACAGGCAGGUGGAGGCUGUUGCUGAGGCCCCAUAACUUUAUCUGACUGGUUGGGCCUACUAACCUUUUCUUAACCUCCCCACUCCAGCCCAACCUGCAAAAUCGACUCAUUUACUAGAUGGCUGUUUGUCAAGAGAGAAGCCCAAGUCUUUCACAAUCCCUGUAAAACUGAAGUCUGUCUGGGCUCCAACAGAAAUGGUUAAAAUUCACUUAAAAACAAGAUUUUGAGAAUUGUAAUCAUAUCUAUUUACAUUUAAUUUCUAGGUUAAUUGUUGUGGUUUUUUUUUGGUUAAAUGUUGUUUUUUUUUUAUGUAUUGUGCCCUCUUGACUUCAAACUGAAUUGUACUAAACACUACAAAGUCAUCUUAGUAUUUUAAUCAGUUUGUGUGGGUAAAUUGCCCAACAACUAUGAAGCUUACGUGAAGCUUAAUAUAAGUGUGUUAAGAGUUGUCAGCCAUUUGAUGAAGAUGGAAAAGAAAGAAGGACUGUUUUAAUUCUGUAUUUAUCAUUCACUUUCUGUAUAUAUAGUUGUAACUACAUGUGUUGGUGUAUACCUACAAGUUAGAAUUCUUUAUUGAAUUUGCUUACAUUCUAUACUGUACAAUUAGAGCUUUAAACUGCAACAGUAUUGCUAUAGUCCAAACCUGCUUUGACAUCAUUUUAAUCCUGUUUGACUUUUUUCUUUUUAGUCCUUCUAUUUACCUUUUCCUUAAUUCUCCAGUAAACCCCUAAAACUGCUCAUUAUAGUGAUAUUGGCUCAAUAUUGUUUAUCUAUUUUAAUGCCAAAUGUUGUGUUAUCUGAACUAUUUAACCACCUCUUCUCCAGAAACGGAUCACCUCCUCUUCAGAAAUGGAUCAGCUAACGUAACUCUGUAGUGGUACAGCAAAAGAGAAAAGUAUAAUGAGGAAUUCAUAAUAAAGUGGCUAAGUUAUUAUUUUCUCAUAAAUUUUUUUUGAUAAAAUGUGCUGGUUUGCACUGGUUUUAUGUCAGUUCAUUUCAGUGCACAUCAAUUCUAACUAGAAGUUUGAGUGCUUGUGUAAAGAUUUUCUCUUCUUGGCAGUCUGUUCUGUUUGUAGGUAUAUGGUGAACAUCUUGUCUAUUCUGAAAGGGGUGUGGUAGAAGCCGAAACUGGAGUAUCUUUGUGACCCUCAACUUUAUUUCCUGUGUUGGUUCUUCUUAAAAUGAAAUGUUACAACAAUGAAAAAUAAAUUCCUGUGGUUAAACGGAUUGUAAACUGAUACAUAAUCAUUUUGAUGUCUGUGAAAAUAAAAAAAUGGUGGUAUAUUUUUUGUAUACUGUAGAAGAAAAAAGCACAUUUCCAAGAGAAACUGGUCUUUUUUUUGCCUCCAGUGUAGUGAUUGUUAUCCAGACAUCUGUAAAAAAAAAAAAAAACUAAAAAAAAACGAUAGACAUUUUCAUUGUCAUCACAUAGAUUAAGAUGUAAAAGUAAGUAAUGUAAGUGUUUAAAUGUGUUUUUAAGCAUGAUUGGUGUUACUGGAUUAUACCUUUUAAACUCAGAAAUGGCCGACCUAUAUUGUUAUAAUGUACGCAUUUAGAUAAUAUUACAUACUUUGUGUAUGUAGGAUAAAUUUCAUUUGGUUAAAGCUGUUUUAAAACAACCUUGGCCUCACUGAAAAUUGCAUUUGCUGAAAGUAAAAUUAUCUGGUAAUUCUACCUUAAUCCAAGUGCAAAACUGUUUUGGCUGCCUGAAGGCAAAGGAUUGCCAGACCACUUGGAUAUGAUAACAUCUGUAAUAAGAAUUGAAAGGAGUGAUGUCACAAUUUCAUUUUCAGUAGUAAGAUGCAUUUUUUGUUCUGUUUUCUAUGAAUGAUCAAGGGGUAUUGUUCUUGGUAAAGAGCCAAGAUGCCUUAAACCAAUUACACCUUGUUCACUGUAACAUCGUACUUGAUUAUAUUUCUUGAUAUUGAGUACUAAUUUAUUUGAAAUCCUCUUGGGGGGUGAGUGUUGUUGGUUAAGAUUCAAAUUCUUGUUAAUUUUAUAUUGCUCUAAGUAAUUGCAUUAGAAGGAAGUCUUGCAAACAUUGAACUCCUGGAAACACUUCCCGCAAUACUAUUUAUUGCCUUGUUUUCAUGCGCCUGACCAAAACUGGAUCAAAAUAGUAUAAGAUAUGGAUCUGGAACCAAAAUAAAUGGGUUUCAACAUACCAAACUGAUUAGGUUUGGUAAAGUUGAAAUGCAGCUGGACUUUUGUCACAGUUUUGUGUUUUUUUGUCUCUGGAAACAAGGCAUAUGGAAAGGACUUUUUGACGUAACAUUUGUUUCAAAUAUAUUAGUGGAAAAGUAAAACAAUGAUAAAAUAAGCGCAGUGCUUAUACUUGCUCAUGUUAUGUGAACACAUUUUCACAUCAUUUUUAAAUCCCAAUAGAGUUUUGUACUUCCUGAUGAAUGUUUGCUUCAGGAGCUUUGGUCUUGUAUAGGCAUAAAUAUCCAGGUAUGUCGUUUUUAACUUUCUGCUGAAAUAAAAUUGUAUCUCCAUCCUUUUAA